AUGGAAGUCAAUGGUGAACCAGAUAUAGCUGGUAUUUUCAGCGCGGCUUUAAUGCCAUUGAAAGAUAUGAAACAUGCAGAUAUUUUGGACCAGUAUGAAAUGAACAUGGCUGAUGGAAAUAUAACACCUGACGUUCUAAAACAUUUAUCUCAAAGAACUACACAGAACCAUAGAGAUGGUAUAUUUGGUGAAGAGUUUAGAAAGAAAGUUAGGGAGAUAGAAGGAAGAGAACCUAUUGUACAUGACCUUGCAAACGAAAGUUUACAAAAUGUCAUAAAAACUUACUUUGCAGACAAUGAACCGAGAAGGGAUGAAUAUUUAAGAAAACUCAAAUGGACAGUACCAAAUGAAAUGUUAGUAUUGAAAAACAUGUUCCUUGACAAAAUAAAACCAACUACAGAAAUAAAUGACGCAAGACUGAAACAUUGGGUAAAAGCUUUCCCAUUCACAAAAGAUAUUAUUGGUAACAUGGAAAGAAAACCAGAAUGGCUACAAAAACAUAUAUUUGGAAACGAGCUUAUUCCAUAUGGACAAGCUCUGUUUGAAGAGCUUGAACCGGAAACUCAGGAAAGAGUCAUGCAAACAAUACGCGAAGACUCAAAUACAAACUAUGACAAACUCUUUCUAGGAUAUAGGUUACCUGAGAUGGGCGACCAGAGCCAAAAGGCAAAAAGGACAUGGGAAAUUUGCAACAUACUAGAUGAACAUAAUGCAAAGAUGCAACAACUUCAAGCAGAGGGCAAUGAAGGAAAAAGAAGAGUUAAAAACUCAGUCAGGAAGAAAGUAAAGCUUGGUCCACGUGGGUUCUAUUAUGACAUAUAA